CCGCCAGGUGGCGACAUGUACACCUCUCAAACUCUCCUCCUCCUUCUUCUUCUUCGCUCUUUUCCCCUCCACGCUGAGCGUAAACACACGGCGGUGUGCACGUGCGCGAGUACGGUUCGGUUCCGUUCGGAUACAAAACGCGCACAAGGAGGAGGAGGAGGAGCACGAGCCGCCAUGUCGGGCACGCAGGACCAGGACCAGAACCAGAACAAGAGCUCGGGGAGAACCGGAGCCACCAUCCCGCUGGGGAAACCCAAAUCCGGCCGGGUGUGGAAGGACCGCAACAAACAGAGGUUCUCGGCUCUGUUGCGUGAUAAACCGCUGCGCAGCUCCUGGCAGAAGAAGAUGGAGGCCAAGAGGGAGAAGGAUCUGCUAAAGCAGUACCACCAGCAGCUCAAAGACAACAAGGCCAAAGAGAAGGAGGACAAGAGGAAGAGACGACAAGAAAAUCUGAAGAGACGAGCGGAAAAUGAGAAGAGAGCAGAGAUUGUUCAAGUGAUUCGUAACACAGCCAAACUGAAGCGCAUGAAGAAGAAGCAGCUGAGGAAGAUCGAGAAGAGGGACACGCUGUCGGCGCUGCAGAAGACUCCGCCCACCGUCAGGAAAGCCGCCAAGGGCGAAUAAAACGUGGACGAAAGACUUUAGAGCCUGUGAAUGAUUCCGCUUUAAAGAUGAUGUAUAGACACACACUUCUCUCUCUCUCUCUCUCUCACACACACAUACGUACACAGUGGAUGUGCAUUGUAAAUAAACUGUGUAUGUGUAUGAGAGAGAAAGUGUAUAUAUAUAUUUUUGGCAAACAUGAGUGUAAACAAACUCCUGGUACUUUCCUCUGUAUCUUGAAUUUUCUUCUCGUGAUGUGGAAACUUUGUACAAGCCAGAAAAAACCAAGCAAAGCACCCGCACUCAAAGCUCUUUCACUUUCUGUUUGUCUGACCUCGUGUUUUAUAAAGGGAGUAAACAGUAGCAGGGAGGCUUGAUGCUGAGAAACGGUGUUUGUUUAUUUAUUAAUAAAAUCUGUCCUGUUAUACUUUUUUAAAUCUGAUUGUCAACAUUGAACAUAGAAAAAAAAAACGUUCCCGCUCUCUGACACUGGAGACUCCUUCCACCCUACCAUGUCACACAAACACAUUUCUCCUUGAAGACAAUGUUGUUUUUUUUAUAUAUAUAAUCUGUUUGUACACGUCCCUGUGAACGAGCUGUUACUAUGGAAACCGUAUCGCAUCAGAGAGAGCGCUUUAAUAUCAACCUGUUGAGUUAAUCAUCACCUCAGAGAAUUAAGCGAUGUGGGAGUCUAACUGUGGGAUUAACAGUGGAUUCCAGUCCAGGACUGCACCAGUGACACCAGUGAUGGUGGUCAGGGCCGGGCUUCAUCACCAGAAGGACAUCAGCUCAAAUCUCAGGGCUCAAGCGAGGCUCCUGAUCUUAAUCUGUGCCUACAUGUGAUUGAUUUUGCAGAUGAGGAAAUAAAUAAAUGUAAAAAUAUAUAUAUAA